GGAAUAAUCUUCUUCGCUGUAACUUUUUAACACAAAGUACAUGUACGUCAGUCUAGGUGGUUGUGUUGCUCAUAUGGAUUGGCAAUGCGUACAAUUGUUGUUUACCAACUGUUAGUGACCCUCUGGGGUGUUAGUGGACAAUGGAUAUUCCCGGACAAAUUGCACAUGGAUUUCACCUCCACGAUCAAUAAACAAUGCGGAGAAAUGCCAUACAGUGUACGGGAACGUCCAGCUUUUGGGCGAAUUUAUGAAAAUCCAUGGCUGGUGCUUUUACGCCAUCCGGAAGAAACGCUACACUUUUGUCACGGAACACUGAUUAGCGAUAGAUAUGUGCUAACAACCGCAAUUUGUGGGUUAACUGUGGUGACUAAUGCGAACGCCACCGCACAACAACAGGCUACAGAGAUUAUAUUGGGUGAACAUGAUCUUAGCACUGAGACAGACUGUAUAACUGCAUGGAACUGUUCCUUAACGACCAGCAGACGAUCAGUCGAAAAGGUGAUUGUUCAUGAAAACUUUAGCAGUACUUUUUAUGAAAACGAUAUUGCCCUGCUAUACAUGAACGACUCCAUCCGGUUUGACAACAGUAUUCGUCCAAUAUGCUUACCGUUAGUAUCCAUAGUAGAUGAUACUGAUGCUCAUGAGCAGACUAUAUACAACACCAUCUGGUCAAAGGACAGCGUUCCAAGGCAAAUUUGGAUGCGUAAUGUUCCUACCGAGAUUUGCCGAGAACAGAUAAGAAAUCUGUUCGCACUUAGUGACGAUCAAAUAUGUGCCCGGAUCUUUUUCGAUAAAUUGCCGGUGGAUAUGAAUGGAAGUGCCGGUUCUGCGCUGCAGGUAGAUCAUCACGGCCGAAUUUUUCAGUAUGGAUUGUUAUCGGUUGGAUUUCCCAACGUUAUUGAGAGGGCACCUUAUGUUUAUAUUGACAUAGUCAAAUACAUUAACUGGAUACACGAUUCAGUUAAACAUAAUCCGUAAA